GAGGUAGAGUCUUUGUUUAGUUCAUCUCAGUGUAUAAAGGAGAAUGAAUACCUGACUGGGAAUGUGGAUAGAUAGCGCAUUUCCCCCCUUUUUUUCCUUUUAAAAUUGUAUUGCUAAAUACACCAGGAGAUUGACAUCAAAACCAAAUCUGAGGACUUCUAUAGACAUUACAGUUCAAUUUUAGUUACAAAAGCGAAGUCUUUAAAAAGUUCUUAUAGAGUCCAUUCUAAUUUUCUCGAUGAAAUGAUAACUAGAUACCUGGUCAAUCAGAGUUUCUUUUUACUCUGGACUUUGUUUUUAUGAUGGGGCAGUUGGAAGGAAUUGAACUUGGAUUUGAGAUACUUGUAAGCCCUCAUGGUGAAACUGAGCUCAUUUCAUUUAACACUUAAUAUGUCUGUGCAUUAGGAAAGCUUCUUAUUAGAGAAAAAUUAUGUUUAUAUGCAGAUACAAAAUGUCUAAACUCAUCUAUUAUGAACAAAAGCUAAUGAGGAAGAAUUUGUGUAUCCACAUAGAAGUUUUCUUGAAUUAAAGGGGGAAACCAGACCAUGAUAAAGGAGGGUUGGACUGGGAAACAAUACUCUCAAUACUACAGAAAUAGGGAAAAGAGGCAAUGGGCAACAGAGAACUUUGUCCUGCUCAGAGAUCCCCAAGGAAUCCCUGUCCCCUCCCCCCGAUCUCCUGCCAGAAUGUUGGGUUUCAAAGAAUGAGCAAAUUAACGGCUAUCAGGAGUAGUGUGGCCUGGGCCAAGCUAAGGAUAUUCUGCCUGAGUAGCAGUACUGGCCGAAUCAAUACAGGCCUUCUACUUGGUAUCUCUCUCUAUGAGGGUAAACGGAACUUAGCCAAGGAGCAUUAAAACUGUUGCUGUUGGAAGGAAGCCAUAAAGUAAGGAAACUGCCAAAGGCCAAGAGAGAAGAGCAAGAACAGAAACACAGCUCUGAAGUCUGUAAGAGCUGGGCAGCACCCACCCAUAAGGGAGCCAGCAUAGAUCUGGGGCAGAGACCUGAGUCUCCAGGCUCAGCAUGCCAGGGAGAGCUCCUGUUGCCGGGCACGGCCUCUGCAUCAUCAACUGAUUCCCUAAGACCAUGUCAGUGGCAGACUCCGUGAGACACUCUGCCUCUGUACUGCCUUCACCAUGGAAAAGACAAGUGGCCUUGAAAGGGGGUAAGGUACAGUUUCAUGCUUGGGCUCAGCAGAAAAGGGACUUGAGCCUGACGCCAAAGCCAGGAACUUCACGUGUCAUGUCGGGGAUCAUGCUGGUCUUGGUAUUGGUUUUCCUGCCAAGCUUGUACGGUGACCUGGGAUCAGUAUAUUACUCUUCCUAUGAAAUAGUCAUCCCCAAGAGUCUGACAGUGGAGGGAAGGGAAGACCCAGUGGAAAAGGUGUCCUAUAUGCUGUUUAUGCAGGGCCAGAAGCAGCUGAUACACCUGACGGUGAAGAGAGACUACUUUCUCAACAGCUUUCCAGUCUUCAGCUACCACAGCGGCAUCCUGGGGCAAGAAAUGCCUUUCGUCGCACGUGACUGUCACUACGAAGGCUACAUAGAAGGAGUCCCAGGUUCUUUUGUUUCCGUCAACACCUGUUCAGGCCUCAGGGGCAUCCUGAUUAAGGAGGGAAAAUCCUAUGGCAUUGAGCCCAUGCACUCUUCAAAACGGUUUGAACAUGUGUUGUACAUCAUGGCACACGAAGCUCACGUCUCCUGUAGUGUCACUUCCAAGGACAGCCAAGUGGCACCGACCAGCCGGCAACGAGACAGCAGCAGGCCUCGCGGUCUGCAGGUGCCGUCCUACUUGUGGUCACACACCAAGUACGUGGAGAUGUUCGUCGUGGUCAACAACCAGCGGUUCCAGAUGUGGGGCAGUGACGUCAAUGAGACAGUCCAGAGAGUAAUGGACACCAUUGCUCUGGCCAACAGCUUCACCAGGGGAAUCAACACAGAGGUGGUGCUGGUUGGAAUGGAGAUUUGGACCGAGGGGGACCUCAUAGGCGUCCCAAUGGACCUGCAAGUUGCACUCAGGAAUUUCAAUAGCUGGAGACACGAGCAGCUCUUCCAUCGUGUGAAGCAUGAUGUUGCCCACAUGAUUGUUGGACACCAUCCUAAAGAGGAUAUGGGACAGGCCUUUCUCAGUGGCGCCUGUUCAAGUGCUUUUGCAGCAGCUGUUGAGUCCUUCCAUCACGAAGAUGUCCUCCUGUUUGCAGCACUCAUGGUCCAUGAGCUUGGGCACAACUUGGGGAUUCAGCACGACCAUUCGGCCUGCAUUUGUAAAGGUAAACACUUUUGCCUCAUGCAUGAAAAUAUCACCAAAGGAAGUGGCUUCAGCAACUGCAGCUCUGACAACUUCUACCGGUUCCUCCGGGAACACAAAGGGGCCUGCCUGUUUAACAAGCCUGGGCACAAAGGCCGCUUACGCAGGGACGCCCAGUGUGGAAAUGGUGUGGUAGAAUAUGGUGAGCAGUGUGACUGUGGUUCUGAGUGUGACAAUCACCCGUGCUGUGACCAAACAUGCAGGCUGAUGGAGCAGGCAGAGUGUAGUGAUGGGCUGUGCUGUGUUAAAUGCCAACUGCAACCUAGGGGAUUCAUGUGCCGUCCUGCUUUGGGAGAGUGUGACCUCCCAGAGUAUUGUGAUGGUUCCUCUGGAGAAUGCCCUCAAGACAGCUACAAGCAAGACGGUACACUGUGUGAGAAAAUCUACUAUUGUGCUGGAGGCCAGUGUAAGAACCCUGAUAAUCAGUGCAUGGAUAUAUUUGGGUUCUCUGCAAGGUCUGCCCCAGAAAACUGUUACAUUUCAAGGAACAGCAAAGGGGACCGGUUUGGAAACUGUGGUAUUACAAACUCGCCUAAGUUAACAUAUUUGAAGUGUGCAGAUGAUAAUGUAUUUUGUGGGAAACUUAUAUGCACAAAUGUUAGACAGGUACCACAAAUCAAACCAAGUCAUACACUGAUGCAGAUUCCUCACAAAAAUGACUUCUGCUGGAGCAUGGAUGCCUAUAACAUUACUGAUAUCCCAGAUGACGGAGACGUGCACACUGGCACUCUUUGUGCCCCACACAAAGUCUGCAUGAAUCACCUCUGCACUGAUACUUCUGUACUUAUGUACAACUGUGAACCAAUGGAAUUGUGUAACGGGAAAGGAGUUUGCAACAAUUUAAGGCACUGCCACUGUGAGGCUGGUUAUGCGCCUCCUGACUGCAGAGAUCCAGGAAAUGGUGGUAGUGUGGAUAGUGGUCCGCCUGUUGCACUAAUUGAAAUUCAAAGUGGAGAUGUAAGUGACAGUCCUAUGCAUCGUAGUGUUGACUUUGGAAAGAUAAGCAAGAUAAUUUUCAUACUCCCUGCAUUUCUUUUACUAUUCUUGUUAAUUGCAAUAUUUUUCAUUAGCAUCAGGACUGGACUUGAGUCAGUACAGACCCCAGGCCGCACUUCAGAGGACAGUUCAGAGGAAACCAGUAGCGAAGUAUUCAUAAUGGAAUUCCUACCAGUGGGGAUACAAGAGGACGUACCAGAGGAGGGCUCAGAAGCAGCCCCUCCACCAGAAGAGGCCCCUCCACCAGAAGAGGCCCCCCAACCGAAAGAGGCCCCACCACCAGAAGUCCCACCGCCUGAGGCCCCACCGCCCGAGGCCCCACCACCCGAGGCCCCACCACCGGAGGCCGCACCACCGGAGGCCGCACCACCGGAGGCCCCACCACCAGAGGCCCCUCCACCAGAGGCCCCUCCACCCGAGGCCCCACCACCCGAGGCCCCACCACCAGAACCCCCAGGAGAGACAGCACCAUAAGAGGUAGCAGGUGAAGGACAACAGUAACCCAAGGCAGAAGUGGAUUGGAGGAAGAAUUAAAAAAUACCAAAUACUUCAAGCACUGAGUGGGAAUGAGAGAGAAGCAAAAGUGAAGUGAGAAUUGAUGGCUCCUGUGGCUCUGACUGGAUUAUAUAGUCUACAGAAAGAUACUAACAUGGGAACAAGGAACCCUUUGCUUUCAAUAUUCAUUUUAGUA